AUGGAAACGAAAAGUUUAAUCGUAAUAGUGCUUCUCCUAAUUUUAACAUCAGAUGGGACGUGUUUUGGUAGGAAAAGAUCCGUCCAAUGUCGAAGAGAAAAGGAAGAAACUCUAAGUAAAGACGAUCAAAACUCAACAGACAGUUAUAAUUAUAUCUGUGACCGGAGUGAAUUUGGAAUAGUACAAAAAAUUCCAUACUUCCGCCCUUGCUCGGCGUGCGAUACGAUAAAAAUCGAUUUCUCAACAGCUUGUAUCAGAUGUGGGAUGUGUCUCGCCAUUGCUGAAAAGAUAAAUCAAACCCUGCUGGACGUCCACGAGGUGUUACCCAACGUGUAUUUGAACCACACCGAAAUCGAGCUUCUCUUGAGGACCAUCUGCAACCAUUCUUUCCAACAUUAUGGUCUUCAAAAGUUAAAUGGAAAGAGAUACAUCUCUGACAGGUUACCAGGUUCUAUCAUGAUAACCACGUCAGCUGAUGGGCUUUGGGGAAAGAAAUUAAGUGAUCUUUGUCAUUACUAUCUCGACGAAAUUGGAGAAGUAUUUUUGUACGAGCAAUGGCAACGCUGGCGUCACGACAAUAACUUCCAGGACCUGAUUACCCUCGUGUGUCGAAGCACGGAUGGUAUAUUGCGAGAUUGCAGAAGCAUGGAGAACGUGGCAAAGUACGAAUCUCCGUUUAAAACUUACAAGGCCAAAGUAAAAAUUACCGCGACCUACGACAAGUAUGGCAAACGUAACUGA